AAAAAGGAAGUACCGAUUUUAUAUAUCCAACCAAAAAAUUUAAAAAGAAAAUGUGAUGUCGAUAAAGAAAAUUUGAAAAUAAAUGGAAGUUCAGAUAACAACAAUAUAAAAUCAACGGAGUUGAACGAGUUAGAGCUUAAUAAUGAGAUAAAUAUUAGCGAAAAUGAAAUUUCGGAUUUUUAUCCACUAAGUGAGGUAGAAUCAGAUUUCAAUGAGGCAGAAUCUGGUAGUGAGUCUCCCGUACAAAAAUAUCCGAAUGUAGAUAGCCCGAAGGAUAAUUGGCUCUUACCUUCAGGAAGAUCGAUAAGAAGUAUAAUUUAUGGACAAAAGAAUCUUCACAAAUCACA